AUGAAUUCGGUCAAUUGGGAAGGCCUGGAGAAGACGGAAGAACAAGAAGCCAAAUAUGACGCCACAGACGAGUCUACCGCCUUGCUACUGGCACGCCUGGAGAAGGAGAACGCAGCCUUGGCCGUUAACCCGAAGGCUGGCAUUUCGACCCCCUCACGACCGCGAAAGAACACCCGGCCACCAUCCAUGCACCAGCUAAAGAGAAUGGUCACCGGUCCUCAGCCGGAGUCGCUGAGAUACUCGCUGUUGCCUGCUCCACCGAUGACCGAGCUGGAGUUCUGGGCAGCUUUAGUCCAGGACUACACCCAAACAGCCCAGAGGCUGCCCACGUUGACCUCCAACAAAAUCCGAGGAGGUGUACCACCACCUUUAAGAGGUGUCGUGUGGCCCAGCAUUGCCCGAGCACAUGAUGGCUUCCUGCACUCCGAGUAUCAGCGGCUGUCGAAUCAGCCGAGUCCCUACGAUGGUCUGAUCGGCAAGGACGUGGGACGUAGCUUCCCAAAUGUCGACAUGUUUCGGGAAAAGGAUGGCGAUGGUCAGCGCAUGCUUGGAAAGGUCCUGAAAUCCUUCUCAUUGUACGACGAAAAGAUCGGAUAUUGUCAAGGCCUAGGCUUUGUGGUUGGACCACUGCUGAUGCACAUGAGCGAACCGGAGGCUUUUUGCAUCCUUGUUAGGCUCAUGGAGAACUACGACCUGCGCUCAUGCUAUCUUCCUGAUUUAUCCGGACUUCAUCUUCGAAUAUACCAGUUCCAGCAGCUACUCAGCCGACACCUGCCGGAGCUUGCGGCUCAUCUCGAAGAGCUAAAAGUCGAACCGCUCUACGUAUCCCAGUGGUUUCUAUCAUUCUUUGCCGUCACCUGUCCACUGCCUAUGUUACUACGCAUUUACGAUGUCAUAUUAUCCGAAGGCGCAACGGAGACAUUGAUGAGGGUAGCUCUAUCUCUGAUGCAGAGAAACCAGAAGAAACUACUUGGAUUCAGGGAAUUUGAAGACGCCCUGCAAUUCUUACUCUCCAGGGGACUAUGGGAUACCUACGCACAACAUGCGGACGAUUUGGUCGCUGACUUUGUGUCUCUGACCGUCCUAGUGAGCCAGGAGUCUCUGCAAACCUUGGAGGCCAGCUUUAGACAUACGCAAAACUUAACAACAGGGCCGUCGCUGAAAAGUGCGGCAGCCUCAUUCUUGGGCAGAUUUUGGGCAGGGUCAGUGCAUGCACCAUCAAGGUCGCAAAACCUGAGCCUCACGAUUCCUGGGAACAACGUCUCCAUCCGAAAGUCUUCUUCUGGCCAGAGUUUGACGUCAACCCUGAAUUCGGUUGAGACCACCAUUUCUGAGGCGGGUACGCUAGCCACCGAAUUUUCGGACGACGGUCCGGGAAAAGCCACGUUAUCAAUGGCCACUAGCCUCUCGUCAGCGAUCGUACCUACUCCGAGCUCGAGCAACCGCGACCUGCACCAGCAGAUUGAAGAACUGCUCACCGAGUUGUCCAAAGUCCAGCGGCAUCAGGUCGAACUUGCUCAGGAGCUCCAAAGCGAGCGGGAGGAGCGCGAAGAGGACCGGCAAAUCGCACGCACACUGUUGGAUUGCCUUCGUUCGCAAACCGCCGAGAUCAAGGAACUCGCUGGGGAAGAUGACUCAGAAGCCACCGCAGAGCUAGAAGAUGUGAUGCUAAAGGCCCAGCAACAACUCAAGCGAGGAGAGCCCAAGCGCCUAUCGGUGGAUCAGUCAAAACUUCAGCUCCGCGAUGCGGUUUCAGAGUGGAAAGAGAGGCACCAGGCGGAGGUAACGAAAUGCCGCGACCUCAUGAGACAACUGGAUGAGCGGGAAGCCGAACACCACACUCUGAAGGAGCAGUUGCGGGAUGCCCGAGCUCGUAUACAGGAUGGUCACCGUGAUAAGCAGCGGCUAGAGCGCACAGUCAGUGAACUGCGCUCUCGAAACAACUCGGUGCCCGAUUCUCCUGCUGACUUGUACACGCCUGUCACCGAGUUUCCGGAUCUCAAGCUGCCUCCACCCAAGAACUCCGGGCUGAGGGAGCUGAAGCUGGGUAAACCGGAAGCAAGCCGGUCAAGCAGCGCCGGGCCGUACUCAAAACGAUCAAGCAGCCUCAACACGCAAGCAGUCCUGGCAACUGAAAAUCAUGAGCCUGUCUCAAACGACGCUAUCCUGCUUGAGCUGGUCAACUCCAAGACGGCUGAAGCGGUUGCGAGACAGGAGCUCGAAGAGACCAAAGCCAAGCUGGACGCACUGCGUAAAAUUCUAGGAGGCACGACCUUGUCUCCUACCACGCGAGCCAACAGUUCUGAGUCACCCAUACCAUCAACACCGAGCCCAGGCACGAAGGAGGCGCCAAAAGCCUCUCAUGCAGCAUCGGCAAGCACUGGAGGCUUCUUCAGUGGUUGGGGAAAGCGAGGCACUUGA